AUGAACGGUGAGGAGCACUACUAUGCGGCCACACAGCUCUACAAGGACCCGUGCGCAUUCCAGAGGGGCCCGGUGCCAGAGUUCAGCGCUAACCCCCCUGCGUGCCUGUACAUGGGCCGCCAGCCCCCACCUCCUCCGCCACCCCAAUUCGCAGGCGCUCUGGGAACACUGGAGCAGGGAAGUCCCCCGGACAUCUCCCCAUACGAAGUGCCCCCGCUCGCCGAAGACCCUGCGGUGGCGCACCUCCACCACCUCCCAGCUCAGCUCGGGCUCGCCCAUCCGCCCUCCGGGCCUUUCCCGAACGGAACAGAGCCUGGGGGCCUGGAAGAGCCCAGCCGCGUUCAGCUUCCUUUUCCGUGGAUGAAAUCCACCAAAGCUCACGCGUGGAAAGGCCAGUGGGCAGGCGGUGCGUACGCAGUGGAGCCGGAGGAGAACAAGCGGACCCGUACAGCCUAUACGCGGGCGCAGCUGCUGGAGCUGGAGAAAGAAUUCUUAUUUAACAAAUACAUAUCCCGGCCUCGCCGGGUGGAGCUGGCAGUGAUGUUGAACUUGACUGAGAGACACAUCAAAAUCUGGUUCCAAAACCGCCGCAUGAAGUGGAAGAAGGAGGCGGAUAAGAAGCGAAGUAACGGGACCGCGAGCGGGGGCGGUGGGGGCGAAGAACCAGAGCAGGAUAGUGCGGUGACCUCGGGCGAGGAGCUGCUGGCGUUGCCGCCUCCGGGUGGUGCUGUACCCCCAGGCGUCCCCGCUGCAGCCAGAGAGGGCCGGCUGCCUCCGGGCCUUAACUUGUCACCACAGCCCUCCAGCAUAGCGCCUCUGCGACCACCGCAGGAACCUCGGUGAGGAUCGCAGGGCGAGGAUGAGCGAGCGGGUCUAGGACCCGGAGUAUGGACGCGCUGCGUGUGGGCAGCUAGAUAGAGAGAGGAUGGUGAGUCUUAACCUGGAUGCCCCUCAAGAACAUUCUUGAGGGCACAUGCCAGUUGGGUAUAGCCGGAGAGAUGCUGGCAGACUUCUGGAAAAAGAGACGUUGGAUUCUGAAAACUUUGGAGACUGCGAAUGGCCAGGUCUGCCUCUGUUGGUCGUAUUCCUCUCCCUGCCUCCAGGACUCUAUCCUGGGACCUAUUUAGAAAACCGAACUCAAAACUGACAAUGAUGGAAAGAGGGCAAACUUG